AUGUACUCUGCUGGUACCAUAUCGUGGCUUCCACCGAAACAGAAAAUCCCAAGCGAACACCUCACCACUACCAAUGGGAUUGACGAGGGUUACUUCGGCCAUCCGGUCCUCAUCUUGGCUAUUGAUUCUGCACAGAAAGAGGCUGCAGUGCUGAUAAUCACAUCUUUCGGCGGCAAGAGUCUCCUCGCAAAGUUUCCACGCGAACGGGGCAAGAAGAUGCGCGAGGAGCAUAUUCCCAUUUAUCCUAGCCAUGUGCAUCCAGACAACGGCUCCUGCUUGUUCCUCGCAGACGGCGAACACCUCUCCAAGAGAAGCUACGUGAAGAGUACACCUGUGCGGAUCGUAAAGGUUGCACUGCUUCAGCCUUGGGAUCAGGGAAAGUGCAGGCUCAAAACCAAGUGUUUGCGCAAGCUCCUAAAGAAGAUCAACUUCGCUUCUCCGAGGCCCAAUAAUGUGCACCACCACGAACCAGCUAUUACUCUACAACCGGAACCUCGACAGCCGCCAGUGCAUUAUCAGAUGCCGCCGCCUUAUCAACUCACAGUGCAACCUCAAAGAACAGAACCUAGAUAUAAGCAAACACCCCGAACAAUUACCUGCGCAUCAGAGUAUCGUGUCCCUGGGCAAUGGGUCCACAGUACAGAUCGGCCGGCCCGUAUUCACACAUCACAACGAACUCCUCUUCUACCAAGGACGCACAACACUGUCCGAACACCCGCACACGAUGACUCGGGUUCUUCAUGCAUCGGCUUUACUACGCUGGCUUUCAUUGCCAUCGUGCUGUUUGCAGUGUAUAAGUGGUACAAUUGA